AUUGUUGUGAUAAACUUAUUAAAUAGAGCUAUGUAAGUUAUUUUUGAGACUCCAACUCACCGGAAGCUCCAUAUAAUGGAAAUAGCGCUCUUGGGUGAAGCUUUGAGCGAAAAGAGCACGCCGGAUGUGCGAGAAAGGGCCCUAGCUCUUUACCAACAGUUGAGCUCAUCAAAUAUUGGAUGGAAAACUUUCAGCUGUCUUACUGAAAAUGCUUAUUUCUUCGAGAUCAACAGUCAACUGCAGUUUGCAACAUUGGUGUUGCUUCAAGAUCACGUGAAAAAUCAUUUUGACUCCUCGAACGAAGUGGAACAGGCAGAGUUUCGGCAAUUUGCUCAGGAAAUAUUGGUUGAAUUUGGCAACAAAGUGCAUGUUUGUCCUCGACUUACAAACACUAAGUUUGCAUCAUUUCUGUCGGCCCUAUGUGUACAUGACUACCCUGCUAAUUGGAAAACGUUCUUCCGUGACAUCAUGUUCUUGAAAGACAGGGGAAUUAAGGGGAUUGAAUUGUACCUGAUGAUUCUGAAAGAGGUCAAUUGUGAGUUAUCUGACCGACAGAUUGCAAGAACAGAGGAGGAAUUCAAGAGAAACACGUUCAUUAAAGAUACAAUGCGAGAUGAUUGUGUUUCUAUAAUGGCCGAUUCUUGGAAAUGGAUUCUGAAUCAGGCCUUGUCAAACACAACUGUCUUUGACAUAGACCACGACGAAAAUUCUGCAAAUAUUGUCAGUCUGUGUUUGAACGUGAUGGCAGGAUACAUACAAUGGAUAGAGAUUGGAGAGCUUGUUAAUAAUGAGGUUGUGGGCUUGUUGUUGUCGCUGUCAUUCAAGAAAGGGACAAGAAAAGCGGCCAUAGAGACUAUUGAUGCAGUUUGUGCCAAAGGCAUGCUUCCCGAUAGCAAAAUGCCGAUGAUAGAUUCCUUCUAUUCAGUCCUCAACUCGCAGAGUAUUCUGACCAUCUCGAAAUACGACGCAGAUGAUGAAGACGACGUUGAAUAUUUGUGCUCUCUGUCCGCGUUUGUUAACAGUUCGGUUUUGCAACUGGUCGAUAUAUUCAAAGAGUAUGCUAGGAAGGACUUCAGUGUUUCAAACAAGGCUUUAAGUUCGAUUGAAGAAAAGGUACCGAUAAUGCUGGAGCUUGUUCGAUGCGAAGAUGAUGAUGUUUCGAAGGCAAUUUUGAACUCCACUAAAGAACUUCUGGCAAUCUAUCGUCAAAUUUCAAUGACCGCUGAGCGAAAAGAGAUCACGCAGCAAAUUAUGUUGGGACUUGUGAAAAAAUACAAAUUUGAACCAGACUUUAAUUUUGAAAAUUCACAAGACGACGAAAAUGAUUUCUACGUUUUCCGCAACGAUUUGAAAUACUUGUUUGACAGUUUGGCGAAGCUUGACAAUAUGUUGGUUACUGAGUUUGUUCAGACUUGUUUCAUGUCCACUGUUCCAAGUUGGAGGUCACACUCGUUCGAUGAAGUUGAACUUUCUCUGCAUUUGUUUUAUUUGCUCGGAGAGGCGCUGCCUCACGUAAGCGGCAACAUUUUCACUGCUGAAUCGCCAUGCACGGUUAUCGUAUGCAACAUUCUUCAUGCACUGGUGACUUCAGAAGUUGUGCAGUUUGAUCAUCCUGCAGUUUUGUUGAUCUAUUUUGAAAUCAUGGUUCGCUACGACAAGUUUUUCGCUUUCAAUUCUCAACACAUUCCCACAGUUCUGGAAUCAUUCACUGGACAUUCAGGGGUGCUGAGCAAGUAUAGUCAAGUUAGAGGUCGAUGUGCUUAUUUGUUUUGCCGCUUUAUUAAACUCCUCAAGUCUUCAGUUCAGCCGCACCGUGAUGUACUAUUGGGAAAAAUUGAGAAAAUAAUCGAACAAGUGUUCGCCUUGGACUACGUUGAUUCGCAGUCUCCGAGAAUCGAAAACGAAGAUAGUCAGUUUUUGUUCGAGGCGGUGGGACUUCUGAUCCAAAUGUGUCCCCCAGAAAGUGCCCCAGUGAUGCUAGGAAGUGUGUUGAGGCCUAUCAAUCAGAGGAUCGAACAGUACGCAGACCUGUUGCUGGAGAUAUCUACUAGUUGUGAUCAGACUAGAAUGAGUCAGCAGAUGAAGGACAAGGCCACUGCGGCUGCACAGAACUUCGCAGAUUUCGUCUCAUUUGCCAGCCGGUUGAGCAAAGCGUUCCAAACGAGCCAGGCUGUGGAGGCCAGUGGAUGUGGAGCAUGCCUGGUAGAGACCCUGGAUUUCGUGCUGAAGGGACUAAGAGUGCGACAGGACUUCACACUGGGAUUCACUAACGUCGUCUAUGCUGCAGUGAAACAAUACCUCCACAGAAUGGUCAUUUGCCUGCCGAGUGAAAUCAUUCUGCAUUAUGUGAAACUGACAAUGGAGUCACUGCUGCAGGCCAUAAAUAACCCCAGUAGUGUCCCCCCUCUAGGAGGUGGGGGUGGUGUGGUGCCCAAGAGUAGACACCUGUCGGCAGGGGGGUUGAUUGAGUUCAUCCCGUUGGUUAACCAAGUGGUUGCCAGGUACAAGAAACAGAGCGUGGAAAUGCUGGACGGAAUUUUCGUCCCGGUGCUACAAGUGUUUUCAAUGGUCGCUCUGUCCCAAGACCCGACCGACACAACUGCAGGCCAAGUAGUGUCUUCAGCCUCUCACGUGUCCUGCUCUUCGACAGACGAGGAAGCUACCCUUAAAGAGUUGCGGAGCCAGUUGAAGAGAUCUUUUUUCACCUUCAUCAAUACUAUCCUGCACAAUGACGCAUUCCCUGUCAUCACGGGGAGGGGCCAGGAUGUGGUGUGGAUGGUGUUGAUGAGUGUGGCAGAUGGAGCAUUGCACUUUCCCGACCCGGUGACACAGAAGCUGUGCUUCACGAUUCUAAAGAAGUUCAUCGAAGUCGCUGACGAUGAGUCGGGAACAGCGUGUGACGUCAAGAACUUCGCCUUCAGCAAUGUGAUCCCUGCUUGCUUUGCAGUGUGCUGUGCGCCCAAUUUCAACCCCAAAGACGCCCAGUCGAACAUGGCGCUGAUGGAGGCUGCCACUGCCCUCAAAGUGUCCGCGGAGAAGUAUGGGGAGAACGUGGUGGCGGAGUACCUGGCCAACUCCUACCUCCCCUCUCAGAACAUACCUCAAGAUAGGAUCAAUGAGUUGACGAUCGCUAUCAAAACAUACGAUGCCAAACGAUUUCGAGAUUUCUACAAGGAAUGGAUUAACAAGCUAUUGGGAUGAACUUUGCUGGCUUACAAAACAUGUUAUGCUCUGCCCGUCGAAGUGAAUGAAGUUGUAGCCAGCGAGUAUUUUACAAACAGGUGCCUUCCAGAGGAUAGAAAUUAUAUUGAAGAAAUAACUUCAUUUGCUGAUGUUUUGUGUGGUUAACUGAUUACAUGUCAUCUUUGCUAUGAAAAUGCUCUAAAUUUGUACUUUAAUGCAGUAUUGUAAUGUCGGAAUAUAGCGGUGUAUGUAAAUUAUACAAUGUUAAAUGAAAGGGGUGUAAUAAGCAAUCAAUCUUCUUUGGUUCUUAAUUGCAAUCGUUUUGAUUGCUAGAAAAUUUAUGUUUUCUAAAAUCUA